AUGCCAGCUCUGCUCAACCUCCCUUCCCUGAUAACGACCAUUCAACUUACAAUUUGUACGUGUAGCUAUUUGAAGCCGUUGAUACCUCAGCUUUUCAACUCUAGGAAGAAGGGAUUUCCAGGUCUUUUGGGCAAAUUUGCCAUUAUAGGCGAGAGGCUCUCACCAUACGUAUCACUGUCACUCAUUGUCACUGGAUUUUACACGGUAAUACUCCGUUGA